CCUCUUUCCCCUCAGCCUGGCUGCCAUGGUGACUGUGACGUGGCCAGCAAACAGUCCUGGGCCAGUCCCUCCGGAAGCAGCAGGACAGUUUCCUGACUCAAGAUGCACAGGGCCCCCAGGCCUCUGCUCCCCUACGCGGGGGAGCACCUACAGCGCUCAUGGGACAAAGCCUAUCAGGCCCACAGGAGAAAGGUGCAGAAUGCCCAGCCGCUGGUGGACACUCGGGCCCCGCCAACUUUCUGCCACCUGCAGCUGAAGGUCAAGAGGCUAAAGCUGGAAGAGGAGCGGCUCUCCACCAUCGACAGGGACAACCGCCUGCUCCUGGAGAGGGUGGCCCACAUCCUGAAGACAAGGGGGCUGCCUGGCAGCAGAUACGACUCCACUGACACAAGGAAAAACGUGUGCUCUGUUCUGGAGUCUAAACCGGGAAAAGAACACAAAAAGAAAACAAAAUCGCCCCAGAGGGUGUCUCAAAGGCUGAGCCGCGGUGUUGUGCAUACAGGCAGCGUGGAGGCCGGGCAGGGCUCAAGAUGGACACCUCCAGAAACGCAGCAGGAACAGAAACUGAAACUCAGAAAGAGCACAUUCAAGCAUGGAUCCUAAACAACAAGUGAGAAAGCACAGGAUUCGGGACAGAUUGGAACAAGGCAGCCUGGUGAAGGUGGUGACAGAAACCAGGAACGACCACUCCGGGGCUCCCACUGUACUCCCAUGGCACAGCCUCAGGCCAUCAGCUUUGCCACCAGAACUGGGCUCCAUGGGAACCAGGCUCUAGGCCGAGGUAGGGCAGCCCCUCCUCUUCCUCUCUUUGCUGUUGUGCAGCCAGGAGAUGCUUGCAAGGCAGCUCUGAGACAGUGUGGACACUAUGCUGGACUGCACAAUGCUGCAAAACUUGUUUUCUCUGCUCCUUUGGCUGAUAAUUGAAAACAAACACACUGAGUGAUGAUGGGAAUUAAAUGAUUUUUCAACACUUACUCUGUUACCAUAUUUUGAGCUAUGGUGGAUUUGCUUACAAUUCCUAGGGAUAUUUGUGUAAUUACCUUAAAAACUCUGUGACUGUUAUUUUUUAAAAAGGAUUUAUGUAAAGGA